AUGUCCGCAGACGGUCUGAAAGCGAUGAGUGAUCUGGCGGACGCGGCGGACAAGUCCCGCCAGAAGAGCUGCAACGCCUGCGUACGGAGCAAGCGCCGCUGCGACAAGCAGACCCCGCGCUGCACGCGCUGUAACGAAAAGAACUUUUCGUGUGUGUACCAGAACCUACCGCCCGCCUCUGCCAAUGGAAGCGGUGGUGGUAGUGGUGGUGGUGGUGGUUGUAUUGGUGUUGGAAGCCUCGGCGGCCGGGGCGACUCCCCUCCCUCCGCCGGGGGUAUGAUCAGUAACCCAGACGACACCCUCCAGGCCAUGGACAUUGAAGAGGACUGCGGCAACAUCAACGAUGACCUUCCUCCCUUUGACUUUAACACUCUGACCGAUCACCAUCUCCUUCACCAACAUCAACAUCAACAACAUCAUCAGCCCCAACUCCAGCAGCAGCUCACACCCGCGUCGUCAUCAUCGUACAUUGACGGCGGUCUCCCGACGAUAGUGAUGACGGAGGACAUCCACAAUAGCGGGAGUAGCAUCGACAACGCCAUGUCGGUGCCGUCGACGUCGUCGCUGAACCUCGACUUGAAUGCCGCCAACGCGCCCUUUGACUAUAACUCGGUCAUGGAUUUCCUCAAUGCAGACCCGACGGCCGGCGGCGAGCUGCAGCUCUGGGAAACGCCGUUAACGCCUGUUAUACAGAAGACUAUGCUGCCCGAUAUCAACCAGCUGAACCCGUGUGACUGGGACAAUGAGAUGGGGGAAGUGUGUGGCGGCUUCCAACCAUGGCAAAUCCACGAGCCAAACUCCCGCAUCGGCCACCUCGUCAACCUCGUCAAGAACAUGCACGUCGUCUUCGCCCAGACCAAGCAGGCGCCCUUCCUCCACCGGCACCUCUACCGCGGCGUCCGCGAGACGCCCAGGCCCCUGAUGGCGGCCUACACCGCCAUCUCGGCGUACGCGGGCAUGACGGAGUCCAACAAGGACUGGGCGAUGCGCGCCGUCUGCGAGGGCGCCAACGAGAUCCUCAAGAGUGGUGGUGGUAACGGCACAGGAAACGCCAAUGACUCAUCAACGACAUCUACGACAGCUGGAAGCAACAUCACGGGCCACGAGAAGCUCGCGAGGGCGCAGGCGCUGUUUUUUAUCCAGACGGUGCGGUGCUUCGAUGGCGACGUGACGUUGCGGGCGCAGGCGGAGCGGGACAUGGGUGUCUUUGAGAAGUGGUUGAAGGACCUCGAGGGGUUGAGGGAUAACUUUGACGAGGUGCAUCUGCUGGACGACGACGCGUUGCGCGGGAGGCCGCCGCGAUCCUGGGAGGUGUGGGUUUUUAACGAGUGUGUGAGGCGGACUGUGUUGAUGGGGUACAUCUUUACGAGCAUGUAUCAGAUGCUCAAGAGUGCGGGUGAUUUUGAUCCCGAUAUCGCGCCUUGGUUGAUCCCGCACCGCUGGACUUUCUCGAGGCACCUCUGGGACGCCCAGUCUUCGCCGGCCUUCUUCUCUGCGUGGCGCGAGAAGCCCAUGUUUUUGGUCAAUAGUUUCUUCGUGCAGAGUGUCGCCAAGAUGGCGAGACCGGCGGAUGUGGAUGAUUUUGCGAGGAUGUUCCUCACCAUGACUGUUGGUGUCGAGGAGAUGAAGCAUUUCAUGCUCGAGGUGUAA